AUGGCUCCAAGUGAGAUCUACCAGCCGGACGAGCGCAGCAAAGGCGUCCGGCUCAACAAGCGGACACACCACGAACAAGACACAAUCCACAGCAUAGUCAACUCCUCGCCCAUCCUCCACGUCAGCUUCAACGCCCCGCUCAAAGACGGUCCGACCUUCCCAACAAUCCUUCCUAUGCUCGGCGCCGUCGGAAAGUUCGCCAACGACGAAGACGAGCACCUCUACCUCCAUGGCUCUUCGGUCGCCCGCCUAUUCAAGCUCACGCAAGGCAAUGAGAUCCCGCUGUGCGUUUGCGGAACCAUCUUGGACGGCUAUGUCAUGUCGUUGGCGCCUUUCCAUAAUUCAUGCAACUACCGCGCCGCAGUAGUGUUCGGAUACGGCAGCGUCGUGACAGACGAGGCCGAGGUGCUGUACGCGCUCGAACUCAUCACCAACAACACCAUGCCCGAGCGCUGGGAGAACUCACGCAACCCGCCGACCAAGUCUGAGAUCACUUCGACCGCGGUCCUGAAAGUGCGGAUCGAGACGGCUUCCACAAAGAUCCGGCGCGGUGGACCAAGCGACGAGAAGGCUGAUCUGCAGAAUCCGGAGGUCACGAACAAUACCUGGACGGGCGUUGUGCCGACGUACAUGACGCUCGGCGAGCCGGUACCGAACGAGGAGAACAAGGUCAAGGCAGUUCCGGAGUAUAUUGCUGACUGGGUGGCGGAUGCGAAUUCGAUGAACGAGCAGAAGGCGAUCGAUGCUCUGGAGGAAGAGGGCGCGUAG